CCGAAGCUCAAACGUAAUGAACGUUGUUUGUGAUCUGGGAUAAUGGGAGGUUUAGCAAAAAGUGUGUAUACUCAAUGGGUUCCACCAUUGUACUGUCUGAUAACGUACAAAUUCUGCAUUUGUAUUGUACGUUACUUCUCUUACUCUUAGAAUGCACAACGUAAGACGUAAUUUAAGAAAAUUAUUGAGAAAGUGCAAGAACUUGGUGGUGGGUGGCAACUAAACAGUAUUGGCGGCUACCUUGUUAUUGCGAGACGUGUUAUGUGUGACGCACAGUCUCGCCUCUUCAACUCUCUCUACUAUUGUAAUAAUGCAAGUUAUGUUUCAACGCUAACAACAAAUCUUUCUGAAAAAAAAUCUGCAUUUCUUUGAUCUGCAAUAAAGGGUUGAUUAACUGAGAAGGCAAACACAAUGGCUGAUGAGUGUGUGGUUUGUGGGGAAGCGGUUGAAGGCAAACCAUUAUACAAAAAACUUGGUUCAGGCGAGUUUAACGUUGAGGUAAUAACUGCACUGCGGGCCCUGGAGCUUACGCGUCUUCCAGAAACUGCUAAGAAUGAUCGCUACAUCUGUUGGGAUUGUGAUGAAGCCAUAGUUGGCGAGUAUGGCAGAUACCUAGAGGAUGAAAAUAAGCAGAAGGUAGAAAAGGCUAAGCAAAAGCAAGUUAAAAAACAACACAGAACUCGGCAGAAGAAAAAGCAACGAGUGCAAAACCAGAAGAAGCCUAUAGCUCAGCCCAUACCAGUUAAGACCACAAGACUAAAACUCUCUAAGACUAAACAGUUAGAGCUAAAGCGGGCAAGUAAUGCACACCACAACACACACUGUGUUAUGUGUGAUAACAACUUUGAGAGUGGAGACAGAGGCUACCAACGCUUCCCCCUCAAGAAGAGUGUCAGUGAUGAGUUGGAUGUUGCACAGGUGAUGGAGCAAUUGGGUCUUGCUCGGCACAUUGAAACAAAAAUGAAAGGGAGGCGCUUUGUGUGUAAUCCAUGUUUCUUUAUUAUACGUCGCACCUACAAGAACAAGCUCAUGAAAGGUACAGCAACUGAGGGGUCAUCAUCAUCUCAUGGGGGUACUGCAACUGCUACCUCUCAGAAUCCAAUUCACCGAGCUACAACCGAGGAACACGCUGCAGAAAUUGCAAAGCUACUUCCUCCUGCAUUGGCUGAAUGCUAUAAGAUCUUAACAAGUGAUUGCAUGACCAAGAGAAUGUCUGAUGAUGCCAACAAUGUGGAUUCGAGGCUUCGAGAAAAUGAUGACAUCAGUGAACCUGUGACUAGUAAAAAGGUGGUACCUGACAAUAUUGACAAGGAGCAUCUGGUUUCAUGUGAGAGUGCACCAGAUGGUGAACAGUGUGAUGACCAAGGAUUUGAAACUGAAGCUGAGGAGGAAGACAGUGGAUUAAAUGUAUCACAGGAUGAACAUGGCAACUAUUUUAUUGAUAUGGACAUUAUGAGCUCACCAGAAUCAGAUGAUGAUAGAGUGGCAGGAGUCAACGGAGACAAAGAAUCUGGGGAAGAAAACAUGAAUGAUGCGUCUCAUACACCACGGAAGAAAAAAAAUGUAUUAUUGCCGAGAAGAUUACACCAUCACUUGUCUGUGAACCUUAGUGAUGACAAGAGGCAACCAGAAACAUGUUCACUAACACAGGUAGCCAAUAUACAAGAAGCAAAAGACGAUAGCAAGACUGAAACUCUUACAUCAAACCAAGUGUUAACACACAUUGGCAUUUGUAACAUUUGUGGAAUAAGUUUCACUGGAAAACCUCAGGAUUGGUGGCACACCCUCACAAGCCCACUGUCUGGGUUUGAAAGCAUUACUGUCACCAUGGCAUUGAAGCUGCUGGAGACUUCACUUGCCCAUACCAGUAAAGAGGCUCGUGAUGCACGCCAAGUUUGUCUAUCCUGUUAUGGCAUGGUGUCUGUAGGAUUCCGGUCUCAAGUUGUACAAAAGAUUGCACGGCAAAAAAAUAUCAAUGCAUCGCAAGUAAAUUUCUCCAAGGUAAAAGUGCGCAUGGUGCCAAAGGAAGAUUUGAAGUCUGUUUUGGGAAAUCAUCCUGAGGAGAGAGGAAAAGCACUGGUGGAGAACUGUGAGACACACAACAAAGAAACUGGGGAAUAUGAAAAAGAAAACCUUGUAAUUAGUGAAAUUAAAGGCAUAAAGAGAAAAUGCAGUGAUGAAGUUGAAGUGAUAAGAAAGGAGAAAAGACUUAAGUAUGGCAAACAAAGAAUUAGUAAAGCUCUUAGUACUAAAAAUGCAGGAGAGGAUAAUAAUUACAAGAGAAAGAUAAGAUCAAGGGAAGUAAUUUCAUGUAAUAUGAGAGAGGAGAAAAAUGACCAAACUGUAGAUUUUUCUACCAAAAGUGGGAGGAAAAUUAAAUUAAAUCAGAAAUAUAUUGAGAGAAAGGAGGAUUACAACAACACUGACCAAAAUUUCUUUGGUACAGAAGAGGAUAUUGAUAAUGAGAUUUUGACAAGGAGAAAGAAAAAGAUUUCCUCUAAUAUAACACAGAACGCACAUUGCCAGAAUGCUGUUUAUUCAACCAAAAGUGGGAGGAAAAUUAAAUUUACACAAAAGUAUGUUGAGGCAGAUGAGGAGUACAAAGACACCAAUCAAGAUUUCUUUGAUACUGUAGAUGAUCACAAUCAUAGUCCUAUCUCGAAGCAAGAGUUUUUGCAGGUUACCAGUCAAAACUGUGUUACUUCUCAGGAUAAAGGUCAGUCUUAUUUGAGGGAGGACACUAAUGUGUGGAGUGAUAGUGGAGGUGAUUCCUUUGAAGUAAAUAACUCUAACAAACAGUCACUCUCAACCCAAAAGAUUAAUUCUAGGACUCCAAGGAAUGAUGAUAAUGAAUCUAAAAAGCCAAAUGCUGUUGUAGUGUUGAAGGACUUGAAGUUUGUGCUGCCUCAAGAAGCAUUUGGUGGGAAAACCGUAUCAGCAGUGAAAAUUGAAGGAAACAUUUGUCAGCAAACCUCUUCCAGUGACCCCUCCAGUCAUCCCAAACAACUGGUAACUCCAGGAUGGUCUACACAGAGCUGUCACUCUAGUCCUAAUCAAGGAGCAUAUUCCUCACCCUUGCAGUUCAUUUUUAAUUCAAUGUCUACCCUCCAGCCUGAAGGAGCAUCACUUUCCUCUUCCAUGCAUAAUCAAGCUCCAGAAGUACAGUUUGCUGGUGGUUCAAAUUUAGUUAACAAAGAUAUUGAUCCAUCCUCUGUGUACGUAGAUGGUCGUUGUGUGGUAUGUGGCUGUAAUUAUAAUGUCCAGAGGAACUUUUGGCAUAGUAUUGAAGAUCAUAUCAAGCCACCAAUAUUGAUGGUCCCAGUGCGAUGGGUCUGUCUUUCUCUCAGUGUUGCCGCUCUUCAACUUUCACAGGAGGACCAUGAUGAAGGCAAGGUUUGUAGACAUUGCUAUGUACGACUUGCCAAGCAGUUUGAAAUAUUUGUGAAAAUGAAAGUAGGGGAAUCAUGUGGACUGUCACCCAAAGCUGUUGAUCUGUCAGAAUAUUUAAUCACCUUCAACCAGGCAACAAUGAAUAUUGAAGCUGAUCCCAACCAAUGCUUUUCAUCACAAGAGUGUGAAGAUGCAGGUCAGCUGUUGCAGAAGAUUUUACCAGUGAUACAAAGCUUCAGUAUUGAUGACAUUGUUGCCAGAUGCCAUCGACAGCCUCUUGAUAUGGAGGAUUACUCAGUGUGGUUGUUGUUAGUACUCAAUGACUUGAGAAUACAAACAGGGGCAAGCAUAGGGGACUUAGCAGCAUGGCUAAUUAGAUUAAUGCCAUCUAAAAUGUAUGAUGAAGGGCUCCGUCCUUGUUUGAGUAAUUUAGCCUCCUUUCUUCUGAGUGUAACAAAGUCUUCAGACAUAUUUACAGAAGACAGGUUGAGUGCUGCCAUCCCACCAGAGGUUUUCAUUUUAGAUAAUCAUUCCCAUGGGACAACACUUUCCACAACCAAUACACCGACUGAAAUGAACACACUUAAUAUAAAAUCAAGUAAUUUUCACCAGAAUCACAGAGGUGAUCAGUUAAACUGUGUGGAGAGGGAAUGGGAUGAUGGAGAUAAGCUAAGCUGGGAAGACUUUUUAACAUAUGUAAACCUUGAUGACCUGAUGAAAGGGACUGCUAAACCUCUAUCAAUGAAGCAGUUUAGCAAUGGGGUUCUGUAUGCACUAUGGAGAGUGUCACGGAUGUUAGGAGAAAACAUUCGUAUUGUUGGAGACUGGUUGAGGCAAUUAUCACCAAUUCCUUUGCAGAAAGAACAACUAGAUAAUCUUGUAACUUCUUGUGCAGGUCCAUUGCACAGUCAUUUAGAGAAAUACCCUCAAGAUAUGCAUAAACUUAAAUGUGAAUUAAUCUCUCACUUAGAAUCUAGCAACAGUUUGAAUACACCAGAGCGACAGAGAAUAGGGAGGAAAAAAUAUUGUAUGAGUGGAUCCCCUGUGAGGUCCAAAAUUAAAGUUGAAAAUGGCAGUAAGUAUUUAUCUGUACAGGAAAAUAAAACUGAUGGACUAGGAAUGUGUGGGUCUAAUAUUAUUGGCAAUAUCAAGAGGAAAAGAGGCAGGCCUCGUAAAAGGCCCCUCACUUUGUCAGAAAGUGGCAUAUCUGAACAAAACAACAGCAAUAAAAAUUAUCAUCAUAAACAUGCUCUUACAUCACCUGGUGGUGUUCCCAUGCAUGGGGAUAGCGAGGAAAUUUGUUCUCACAAAACUGCAGCCACGUCAGCUGAGAGCUCUUCAAACCUGUGUGGCACUAGUGUGGAAAAUGUUUCAUGUAAAACUUCAGAGGCAAUAGAUAGUUCUCCAAGUAUGCUGCAAAAGAAGAAAAAUUCACUGGUUCAUCAAAAAGAAAAAGUUAAGUUAGAAAAUACUAGAACUCCAGUUUUGAAUAGAAAAAAUGCUAAGAGUACCCAAAAUAAAACCAUAGAAGGAAAUAUAAUUAAUGUUGAUAGUUUUGAAGAGAAGUUACAUAAUGGUGUAAGGGAAGUAUCUAGAAGUAAAAGGAAUACCAGGAGUGUUGGUAGUAUUGAGUCAGAGUGUGAAGAAACUACUACUACAAGAAAAGAUGAGCAGCUCCUCACACAAGUGAAACAGGAUAUUAACCUAGAAGACCUAGAUCGUCCCAGUGUUGAUGAUGCCAAAGAAAGUGAAUCUCUGCAGAUAUCAAGCAUGUUAGUCAAUAAAAUGAAAGAUUUGGAAAAACAACUUCAAGAGAUGAAGAAGCGCAAUAAUGAAUUGAUGGAAGAUAAUAGGAAAUUGGUGAGAGUUUGUUUUGAAGGUAAGAAAGAUGAAAUUUUGGUUGAUCAGCAGCACCCAGCUAGUAUUGAUAGUAAGAGUGUAGAAGAUUUUUCUAAUGAAACAUCACAGAGUAAAACAAGCAGUAUUCCCGAUAAUCCUCCUGUAGGAGUGACACAGUCUUCAUCGGAAGUGAUUGUACAUACAACUCCCAAUGACCAUUCCUUUAAAAAACUUAGUUAUAAAAAAGGGGAAAGUUCAAUUAAAGAUUCUGACCACAAAAAUGAUGAGAAAUUUUUAGAAAAACAAAAGAUCACAAGAAGACAACAAGGCAAGUUGCAUAAGAUGAUAAAAGAUACCAAGUCUCCACAAAUGGAUUUAGAAAACAACCCUUUGACCAUGGGAACUUCACUGCGAGUUAGGAAGAACCAUAGUAAAGAAAAUGAAAAUGAUGCUGCAGCCUCACAUAUACCAGUAAUGCCGACAGAUAAGUUGCCAGAUUCCUCCUUGAAAAGAAAAUCUCUCUCUCGGUAUGCUAGAAGUAAACAUUUGGAUGCAGAAGAUAAGGGGAGCACCUUGAAAAAUUUUGUCCGUAAAAAGGGUAAAAACCGGCAGCCAAAGAAAGUCUCUAAAAAAAGUUCUCUGCCUUUUUCCAAAACCUCAGAUGACAUAACCCAAGUGUCCACAAAAACACAGGCUAAACGUCUUAGAUUUUCACAAGAAUUAGAGAAGUCACAAGCAGAUUUGAAGAGUGGAUCAGAGGAAACUUCAAUUCCAAGUAAGGGUGAUAAGAGUGAAAUAUGUGAGAAACGGCAUGGUUCUAGGAAGAAAAAACCAAAGCCAAGAUUUGAAGAUUUGAUGAACUAUGAUGCAGGGGCCACUAUUCCUCCAUAGUUACUUGCUGUGUUGUACAGUAUAUGCUCUACGCUCUUGAUGUUUUGUACAAAGUUAAAAGGAGGAAGGGCUGUGUUAGUGUUGUUUGCAAGAAGAUUUACACUUCUCCAGUUACGUUAUUUUUUUAAUUAUUUUAGGAAGAAUGCCAAAGUGAUUGAAAUCUGAUUUUAUCAUUAAUAUAGUUUUCUGUUAAGUAAUUAAAUAUGAGAGGAGUCAUGCAACAAAGUCUGUAUGCAUUUCAGUGUGUUAGCAGGUAAGUUGUGUGGGGGCAAAUUCACUUGCAGUACAGGGUACAGUAUUUGGAAAAAGUAACAUCCGUGUCACCUGAUGGGGUAAAUGUGAGGGUUACGCUUAACCUCGAGUAAAUAUUUAUAGUACAGUAUUUUUUCUUCAUCUACCGUGGUUAGUGUACAGUAACUGUUUGUGACUAUAAUGUGGUAAUUUUCUAGUCCUGCAUCGAAAAAUGUGUGAUGUUUUUGUGCAUUGGUGUCCAGGAUUUGCUCUUGACUUUUCUUCUAUUGCAGAUGAUUAUUUUUUUUUCUUUGAAAUGUCAGACUAAAGGUUUAGUUCUUAGUUCAGUAACUAUAUAGGAGUAAUUAUGUGAGCAGUCAUUAAACAAAUAUACUGUAUUUGAUUUGUUAGAGACAAAGCCAGUUUUAGGAAGUUGUCAUAGAAUUUGCUUUAAAGUUCUUAUUUCAGAUUAAUUCAUUAAAAACACUUUAAAUAAUAAGCUUAUAUUGGUAAGUAGAACUGGAGACUGCUGGUUAAGGUAUAACAGGUUUUGCAAAAGUUACAAAUCAUUUAACUUUUGCCCAUAAGUUUGUUACACAGUUUUAGUUGAAGCACAUUCCAUUGUUUAAUAAAAUUAACUAAUAC